AAUUCCCUGCCAAAUUCAUCUGGGCAGGCCUUUGACACGAUGUCAUUUCGUUUGGUUUCCCAAUUAAGUAAUGGACUAAAGUAAAUAAGCACCCAUGUGAAAUUCGGUCUCAAAAUUGCUCUUCCGUUCCUCUUUUUUCUUUGGAGUCGAAGACAGCUGACUUCAGCAAUGGCGUACACCAUCAGGUUGGAUUGGAUAAGGAAAAUCCUGAAUUCAUGCGGCCCCACACAAUGCCGUCUAAUGCACGACGCUGGCAAGCCACGGAUCUGCAAUCAGGGACCUUUGAGGCGCCUGAUGCGGCAGAUCAGUAAUAACUCGGGCACUUCCACCGGUGGCACCAUUCACACUGGGAAUAAACUCCGCAAUAUGGAAAGGACCAAGGACUCUCGCUUUAGGGUCAACACUUCCCCAAAUGCUAAUAUGGUAAGGAUUCACCCCUUGGUCCGAGGCCAGGACAAAAAGGUGAGGAAGCCAAACCAACGCCUGCCCUCCGAAAUAUCGGCCACCCUGCAGAGGCACAGUGCGCAGAGAAGAGGGGAGCAGCUGGCGAGGAGCCUGCGGUUCCAGGACACAGUUGACCAUCCCAGGCCGAGCUCUACCAUGCCGCUGAAGAUCCUUGAGAUCAGAGAACGGAGGCGCAGUCCGGUGGGACAUCCGCUCAGGGAUCGCAGGAUGAUCGAUUCGAUGAGGACCAGGAACAUAGAAAGGAUGGUGCGCGAAUCGCAGGCCAGGCUGUUGAACAAACGAGUCGAGGAGCUCUUUGAAAAACAGGAGGAGCCACCAGCUGAUAAGUCUGAAAGGCCCGAACCCAAGAUCAAACUGAAACGACAGAAAACAGAGGCCAAGGCGGCGGUGAAACUGCUGAAUAAAGCCAUUUGCCUUGCUCAUUCCAACAGUGGUGAGGUGGCCAGGGUGAAGAACUUAAAGAUCUCCAGGAUGCAGACCAAGCUGGAAACUAAUGGUAUAGAUUCCUCCAUCGUGGAUCGCAUGAGUGAUGUCCUACACACCUCCCAUGCCUACCACAUGCGCAUUCGCUGGGCCAGGAUCCAGAGCCGCAGGCAAUUGCAAGUAUCGGAGCCCGGCAAAAGAAACUCCCUGGAAGUGGCCGCCAAUCUCAUCAAAGAGGAGCAGAGACGUCUGGACGGACUAAAAGCGGCAAAGUAUCAACUGAAGGUGGUGCCGAAAGAUGAAUCAAAACUGGAUAAUAUCACCAGAAAUAUAAGGGAGCCCAGGGAAGUUAAGACCACUGAUCCAGCCAAAUCAACGGAUUUGGACAUUAAAUCCUUAGUUGUUGAUCCCAAACCCUUUCUCACAAAAGACCCCGACACGAAGGGGAUUCUGUCGGUUAAUUCGUGUCACAAUUUCUCACUGCAUACCGUGGAAAAUACUGACAUCUUUUCUCACAUAUCAAAACUCUUCUUUAAAAAAUCCGACCACUAAGCCGAACAAAGUUAAGGGACCUAUCAAACUUUUGCCAAAUUGAAAAUAAUUUUUGAAAAUGAUAGCAGUUAAAAAAUUUAAAAAACAAUACACUGUACAAUCGAAUAGAAUCUCUUAAUAACCUUUUAUAAUAAAUUUCUAGAUUGGGAAACAUUAAUAACAUUUAUUCAAACUAAUAA